AUGUAUGACACCACUUUAGAUAUUUAUUUCCGGUUCGUGAAACCGUCGGAUGUCGAAGAGCUUCGAGCUCUUUACGAAGAAUGUUUUCCUGUCAGUUAUCCUGAUUCUUGGUUCCAAGAUCUCAUCACUAAACCGUGUUUCAUCGCCUAUGUCGCGCUCGUCAAUGACCGCAUCAUUGGUAUUCUUGUUGCCAAAGUUGUCACCCUCGGUGAAUGUGCCGCGGAGGAUCGUAAAAUUUUGGACAGUCGUUUUCCACUUUCCAGUCAUGUUGCUUAUAUACUGAGUCUGGGUGUUACUGAAGCUUAUCGGUCGAACGGAAUCGCCCUUCAGCUACAGAGUGCCUCUCAAAACCAUGCUAGUCAUGGCGUUCAGAAUACAGACGUCUCCGUCUUGCCAACUAGUCCGUCACCGGGAUGCCCACUCUCUCCAUUCCUUUUUAACUUUGUGAUCGAUGAAAUAAUGAGACGAACGCUGGAGGGUCUCCGAAACCAUGGUGUUCAAAUAGCCUGUGAAGAAAACCUUGUCGAUCUGGAAUAUGCAGACGACAUCGUUCUCAUGUUCGAAGAGGAGGAAAAGGCGCAAGUAUUCUUGGAUGAACUGACCAAAGUCAUCCCGUCCUUUGGUAUGCAUUUUGCACCCACAAAGUGUAAGGUCAUGCUUGUGGACGUGCAGUCACUGAACACGCCCCUUACAAUCCAGGGAGAGGUACUGGAAGUUGUGGAGCGUUUUACGUACCUUGGAAGUUGUAUUAGUUCUGAUUGCAGUGUGACAGAUGAGGUGAAUGCACGAAUCUGCAAGGCUCGGGCCGCGUUUGCUAACUUGAGACACCUAUGGCGUCAGAAUGGUUUAUCCCUGAAUCUGAAGGGACGUGUGUAUCAAGCUACAGUACGGGUUGUUUUGUUCUAUGGCUGUGAGACUUGGCUUAUUCGAGCAGCGGACCUGAGACGUCUUCAGGCGUUCGACAAUCGUUGUCUCAGAACCAUAGCUCGUGUGGGUUGGUGUCGGCGAAUCCGUAACGAGGCAGUUAGAAAGCGUGUUUUCGGUUGUGUAACGGGUACUUCCAUUGAAGAAUGUGUACAGCACCAGAAGCUGCGUUGGUUGGGACAUGUGUUACGUAUGUCGAACCAUCGUUUGCCGAAGAGAGUGCUGUUUUCCAUGCCCAACUCAGAGUGGCGUAAACAGAGAGGUGACCAACCCAUGAGCUGGCAGAGGAGUAUGAAGGAGAUCACGAAACGCUUGGGUACUGUCGGUGCUACUCGCCUUCCAGGAUGGGGACCGCAUGAUCCUCACUUUAGCUGGUUGGAGACACUACAAGAUAUGGCUGCCAACCGAUAUCAGUGGCGUUCUUGUUGUCAGUUUCUAUCCAGAUUGCUUGAGUGA